GAGAACGGUACACUUUUUUGCUUUGUGACGCCUUCGUUCUGCCGCUAGAUGGCAGCACAGCUUAAAGAAGAGGGAGACGAAAGAGGUCUUUUCUGCUGUAAUCCCCCGCCAAACUUGUGUUGAGCAGCUUCUGUAAGAGAAACGUCAUCAUGCCAGAACUCACAGAAAUUGAAAAGACCACACCACCUGCUGCUGAGGCUGCAGAAGAACCUGGUGCGGGGUCUGGGUCAGAUUCAGAUACUGAGCAGGAGUCCUUGCCAGAAUUGGUUCAGGGAGGAUCAGCAUCUGCUCCCACCAUCUCAGAAUCUGCAAAGGCAGCCAAACAGUCUCGGUCUGAGAAGAAGGCCCGUAAGUUGAUGUCUAAACUUGGGCUCAAACAGGUACCUGGUGUCAACAGAGUUACCAUUCGCAAAAGUAAGAACAUUCUUUUCGUUAUCAACAAACCCGACGUAUUCAAGAAUCCUGCCUCUGACACCUACAUCGUUUUUGGUGAAGCUAAGAUUGAGGAUAUGAAUCAACAAGCACAGAUGGCAGCAGCAGAGAAAUUCAAGGAACCAACUGUCAACCCAGCUGCUGACAACGCUGCUCACACUACUGUACCUGCUGCUAUACAGGAAGACGAAGAGGAGGAUGAGGAGGAGGUAGAUGAGACUGGACUGGAAGAGAAGGAUAUUGAGCUUGUCGUUUCCCAAGCCAAUGUAUCGCGUGCCAAGGCAGUUAGAGCAUUGAAAAAGAAUAAUAAUGAUAUAGUUAAUGCCAUUAUGGAUCUAACAAUGUGAUCGCCUUGUAUAUCAUUUUAAUUCUUUUUCAUUGUUUUUGAUUGCGAUUAAAGACUGAUGGUUUGAGUGAAACAUGCAUUUGUAUUUGCAAAGUGUCCGUGAGAUCUGCAUUUUUAUUUCUAAAAUUGGUUUGUAUUUAGUCAUCUUGAAAUUUAGUUGUCCUUGUCAAUUUGUCCUUGAUUCAUUUUUAUUUUUUACGCCUUUUCUAGGACAAAAGUCAAACACAACACAAAAUUAGUGCAACUAGCAAUAAAAUCCGAAGUUUAUACCCAUUCACGUCUGCCUCUUCCUUGUUUACACAUAAGAAAUAAAACAGAACUUAUACUUACUCUGGUGUCUUCAUCUUUAAAUAAAUAUCUAGUACCUAA